CAUCGCGGUGCUAAUGCGACGGCUGGAGAAAAUCGAGGUGGAAAGAAAGGGAUUAAGCAGGCGCUAGUGGUCGAUCGCGAUCCCGGGAGGUGACUGCUGUGCUUCUCCUCACUACAGAACAAUCUGCGUAGAUCUCUGUGAUCCGCUAAAAGGAGCAGAUUCCCCGCUGGAGCGCUUCUUAACGUCUCGGUUUAGAGUGGCGGUUUAGGGAUGAACUGAAAAUGAAUGUCAACCAGGAACCUCAUAUGGCCUCUCCUUACGGACAGCCGCAAUCUGGCUACCAGGACUACCCGCAGUCUGGUUAUGGGGGUCAGCAGAUGCCUGGGGGUUAUUCGGCUCAGUAUGCGCCAUACAACGGGCCUGCCUCUAAUUACCAAACAGGUCCACCUCAAGGAUAUUCUCCUUAUGCAAGCUUUCCCUCUAAGGCUCUUGCAGCAAACUUAGUCUCUGACCUGUCCUCUUCCUCUCCUCUUGACUUGGGCAUGAGAGGGCCCCCCACCUCCAGUGCACCCCAAGCACCUGCAGCUCAGCCAUAUUCACAGUUUGGACAAAGUGACAUACAGAAUGGACCACCAUCUAUGGGUGCACCUCCGCAAAGGCCUUCUGUUUCUCAAUCAUUCGCUCAAGGUGCAAUGCCCAUGGCAGGUCCUCACCCUGCAUACAACCAGCAGUUUGGAGCACCGCCCACUAGUAUGCAGCAGCUGACUAAUCAGAUGGCAGGCAUUCAGGUUGGGUCUACUGUACCCUCCUCAGCUGGCCCCGGCUAUGCUCUACCUGCCAUCUCACAGGCUCCUGUUUCAGCUCCUCCAUCUUCUUUUGCCCCCAUGUCUCCUGUCCCUGCUCAGCCCCCACCCACCUCAGGUGCACCCCACCCACCAGCUCAGUCCUUUUACAGAGCUCCUCCUGCUCAACAACCAUUCCCACCUUCAGCCCAGCCUUACCACUCUGCACCUGGUCCCACCCAGCUCCCGCCUCCACCUUUGACUUCACAGCAAACUUUCAGUCAAACCUCUCCCCUUUCACAGCCUCAGUUUUCCUCAGCUCCACCAACAGGCCCUACUGCAUCUUAUGGAGUUCCACCUCCACCAGUGCAAACCUCUCACCCUAGGGCACCUCUUCCCACUUCCCAGCCUGCAGCUUUCCCAGGAGGGCCUCCUCCCACCUCUUCCUCAUCUCAGUACUCAGCAACCAUGCCCCCUGCAUCACAGCCCUCCCUAUUCCAAGCAGGUCUUCCUCCACCCACCACUGUUACUGGAUUUCCACCCCAAGGACCUCCCAGGCCUCCACACUCAGGCAUGCAGGGUCCCCCUAUGGCCUCUCAGUUGCCUCCAAUGUCCCAAGCGAACCAUGUGACUUCUCCACACCCCGGAAUGUUGCAUGGUCCCGCCGCUCCCGGAAUGGCACCACCACAGCCUGGGAUGCAGGGCUAUCCACCUCAGCAGAAUGGUGCGUUUGGGCAAGUGAGAGCUCCUCAGCCUGGUUAUGGUGGACAAUAUUCUGGGCAGCAGGGCUAUGGAGCUCCACCCCCUGCACAAGCCCCUCCUCCUGCAGCAAAGAGACUGGACCCAGACUCCAUUCCCAGCCCGCAAGCCUCUGACAUACCGCCUGUGCAGAAAACAAGACAUAGAAUAGACCCAGACGCUAUUCCCAGCCCAAUUCAGGUGAUUGAGGAUGACAAGGCAAGCAAAAGCAGUGAGCCUUUUGUCACUGGGGUCAGAGGUCAAGCCCCACCCCUUGUCACUACCAACUUUCAUGUUAAAGAUCAAGGAAAUGCAAGUCCACGUUUCAUCCGCUGCACAGCAUAUAACAUGCCAUGUACCUCUGACAUGGCCAAACAGUCCCAGGUGCCGCUGGCUGCUGUCAUCAAACCGCUGGCUACUCUGCCCCCAGAUGAGAAUCCUCCUUAUAUAGUAGAUCAUGGGGAAAGCGGUCCUAUUCGCUGUAAUCGCUGUAAGGCUUACAUGUGUCCCUACAUGCAGUUCAUCGAGGGUGGAAGGCGCUUCCAGUGUAGCUUCUGCAGCUGCGUCACUGAGGUGCCUCCCCAUUAUUUCCAGCAUCUGGACCACACAGGGAAGCGUGUCGACUGCUACGAUCGACCCGAGCUGUCUCUGGGCAGCUAUGAGUUUGUAGCCACAGUUGAUUAUUGUAAGAACAACAAGAUUCCUCAGCCACCAGCUUUUAUCUUCUUAAUUGAUGUGUCAUACAAUGCUGUGAAAAGUGGCAUGGUGAGGAUUGUAUGCCAGGAGCUCAAGACCCUGCUGGACCAUUUACCCAGGGAGAACCCUGAUGUGGAAUCCAAUGUACGAGUAGGCUUUGUAACCUACAACAAAGUGCUGCACUUCUAUAAUGUAAAGGCAUCUCUAGCCCAACCUCAGAUGAUGGUGGUUUCAGAUGUGGCAGACAUGUUUGUCCCCUUGUUGGAUGGAUUCCUUGUCAAUGUCUCAGAGUCCAGGGUUGUCAUUGAGAGUUUGCUGGAUCAGAUCCCUGAGAUGUUUGCUGACACACGAGAGACGGAGACAGUGUUUGGCCCUGUUAUCCAAGCUGGACUGGAAGCGCUUAAGGCUGCAGACUGUGCUGGGAAGCUCUUUGUCUUCCACACAUCUUUGCCUAUUGCUGAAGCACCAGGCAAGUUGAAGAACAGGGAAGACAAAAAACUGGUUGGAACAGACAAGGAAAAGACCUUAUUCCAGCCCCAAGUGAGCUUCUAUGCUAAUCUGGCAAAGGACUGUGUGGCACAGGGCUGCUGUGUGGAUCUCUUCAUUUUUCCUAAUCAGUAUGUAGAUGUGGCAACAUUAGGGGUAGUGCCCACUUCAACAGGAGGUUCCAUCUACAAAUACACCUAUUUCCAGGCUCAGGCUGACCAGGAGAGGUUUCUGAAUGAUCUGAGGAAAGAUGUGCAGAAGCAGGUGGGAUUUGAUGCAGUGAUGAGGGUCCGCACAAGCACUGGUAUCCGGGCCACAGACUUUUUAGGUUCAUUCUACAUGAGCAACACCACAGAUGUAGAGCUGGCAUGUCUAGACCCUGACAAGACUAUCACAGUGGAGUUCAAACAUGAUGAUAAGCUCAGUGAGGAGACUGGUGCACUUAUCCAGUGUGCUGUGCUGUACACCAGCUGUAGUGGUCAGAGGCGACUCCGGGUCCACAACAUGGCAGUGAACUGCUGUGCACAGCUGGCUGAAUUGUACAGGAACUGUGAAACAGACACCAUCAUCAACUUUUUUGCUAAGUAUGCCUACCGCAGUGUUCUGAACAACCCUACCAAGAACGUGCGAGACAGUCUGGUGAACCAGUGUGCACAAAUCCUGGCCUGUUAUCGAAAGAAUUGUGCGAGUCCAUCUUCAGCUGGACAGCUGAUCCUCCCAGAGUGUAUGAAGCUGCUUCCAGUGUAUCUCAACUGUGUACUGAAGAGUGAUGUUCUGCUCCCUGGAGCUGACGUCUCCCUAGAUGAUCGCGCCUAUCUGAGACAGCUGGUCAGCGCCAUGGAUGUGGCAGAUAGCCAUGUGUUCUUUUAUCCACGACUGCUUCCAGUGCACAAAUUGGAUUUGGAGAGUGAAGCUCUGCCUGUGGCAGUCAGAGACUCAGAAGAGAGGCUCUCUAAAGGAGGUAUUUACCUGCUCGAGACUGGCCUGAACCUUUUCCUUUGGGUUGGGGUCAACACCCAGCAGGAGCUUCUUCAGAACAUCUUUGGCAACCCUGCUUUCAGCCAGAUCGAUCCUAACAUGACGUCUUUGCCGAAGUUGGAAAACCCAUACUCAAAAAAGCUGAGGGGGAUUAUUGAGUCUUUCCGCGCACAGCGCUCUCGCUUCAUGAAGAUGGUGGUAGUGAAGCAGGAGGACAAACUUGAGCUCAUCUUUAAGCAUUUCCUUGUAGAGGACAAAAACAACGGCGGUGGGGCUUCUUAUGUGGAUUUCUUAUGCCACAUGCACAAGGAGAUCCGCACCCUCUUGAGCUAGGAGAAAUCCCUUUGCCAUUUUUGACAAACCAGUUCUGUCCUCUUGUCACUUUCUCCCCUCUUCUAAUGUAAUGUUCUAUAAAGUGCAGGAGAAAAAUCAGUUUCUCUUUAUGCUCUGUCACAUUCUGGUGUCUGUCCGUGAUUUGGUUGGGGGGGGAGUGCGUGUGUGUGCGUGUGUGUGCGUGUGUGUGCGUGUGUGUGCGUGCGUGUGCGUGUGCGUGUGUGUGCGUGUGUGCGUGCGCGCGCGCGUGCGUGCGCGUGCGCGCGUGUGCGCGCGUGUAAGGGAGAUAUAAUUAGAGUGAAUGUUGGUGUGCAUGAUUCGGCAUAUGUAUGAGGGAUGCUAUUGAUAUUUCCCACCACCUCCUGAUAUAGUAACAGAUUAUCCAGCACAGCUGCUGUAACGAUCACUUUAUUUUGAACAAACACUUGAGUGCACAAUUAACAAUGUGUUAAUUAAAAAUGCAGAUUAAUAGGCUUUAAAAGUAUGCGCAUGUGUGUGGACUGUAAGUGAGGGAACACUGCCACUGUAGGUGGAAGUAGACGGCAUUAAUCAUUGAACCCGAUUUUCUGAAAAAGAUCCUGACAAUUAGAAAUGAAGUUUUUUCAAAUAACUUAUUGUUUCCUCCAUUAAAUUUUUGUUGUCGUGGGUGUUUUCUUUACUACAUCAUUGUGUCUCAUUUUUUCAAUCACUGCCUAUCAAUCUUUCCAUUUCUCACCCAUUGUUCUUUGUCUUUGUGGGAUUUUUUUUUUCUCAUGUCCUUUAUUGUAAUCGUUAUAGGUUUUAAGACUGUACACAAACCCUUUGACGUUAUAUGGGAAGCAGAGUGUUUAAGUGCACUGAUCACUGUUCAUACAUCAAACUCUUCAGAUGUAACACUCUAAAAUUCUAUGCAUAUGGAUGGAAGAUCAUGUAACCAACAAGCCUAUUAUAUCUAAAUGAAGAGGGAACAGAAUGCAUGCUGAGUUAACUGGGCAUGCCAGAAGCUGUGAUACAGUGUGAGCUUUGAGAACAGAUGAAGAAUUCUCCUAUUGUGGAGAGGGUAUGGGGCCGAUCCGAAAGCUUUCUGACUGGUCCGGAUGAUGUAGUUCAGAUUAGCCAGCUGGACGGGAGGUUAUGCAGUCGAACUUUUCUUAACGAGGAUGGAAGACUGUAGUCCAGAUGGCAGCCAUCUUCAAAGAAAGCUUCAGUACCUGGGCUUAUAUUACAGGAACAGCUACACAUACUGUUUCUUUGUUUCUACUGUGUCUUUGGGGUUUUUUUCUGUUUCUUUUUUUUCCUUUCACUUUUUGAUAAAUUGCUAACCUGUACCAUUUUACAAUCCGCUGUUCAUUUUUAAAUGUUUUGAUGGUUAUAAUCCUGGAGCAGGCGAAAUCAGGCCCGGACUUCGGCACUGGCUUCUUUUCUUUCUAGCGAAAUAACCUGUGUACAGUGAAGGCAUAUGGCAAGAGUAGCGGGAGGGGUUUAGAACUGUCGAUUUCUAACCGAUUUUCAAGCAUGUGCAGGAUUGUGACCUGAAAAGCAAUCAACAAUGAAUACCUUGUCAUCACAUGUAUUUACAUGUACAGAAUUAAAAAUCACAUUUUAAACAUGA